GCAAAGACUUCUUAAUACUAGAGGAGCCUCCUGGGCUGAGCUCACGCAGGACUCCAGACAACGAACUGACCCAGGACCACGGCGAGACCAGAAGGUUCCGCCGCGUGCUUUGGGAACUGCCAACAGACCCCAGACCCUCCUGCUGCCUCCGGGUCCGAGACCCGAGCCCUUACAGACUCAGCCCAGCCCGCCAUGGCCCAGCUCCUGACGGUCACGGUCACCCUCGGUUGCAUCAGCCUCCUCUACCUGCUACCCGGCACGCUGUCUGGCAGCCUGGGCGGAGGCCUUGCCCGACCCAGGGAGCCCCGAGCCUGGACUCCUAGCCUCCGACAGCCCAGACACCCUUCCCUCCUGUCUAUGGUUUGGAAGCCUCAUCAUGCUCCCCAGCCACAGGGGAGGGCCAGCCUAGCCCCUGUUAUGGGUCAGCCUCUUCAGGACCAUGGCACCCGACACCCUAGUCCUCACCGACAUUUGGGGUCCCGAAGACCCCAUAUCCAGCUUCUACGGGUGGGCUGUGUACUGGGCACCUGCCAAGUGCAGAAUCUCAGCCACCGCCUGUGGCAGCUUGUUCGGCAGGCUGGCCGGCGCAACUCAGCUCCUGUGAACCCCAGCAGUCCCCACAGUUAUGGCUGAGAUGAGUGCUGGCCAUUCUAGCUCUAGUGCUGUACCUUGAUCCCAGAGCUACAGCUGAGCCCCACACCCUGGCCCAGUCCCUUGGAGUAUCUGCAGGGAGCAGUUCUACGGCAACUACACGAAGCAAGGCUUUGGACACCCUAGACCUAGCAGAAUGUGUGGAUCUGUUUGUAGAUUCUGCACCACCAGGGGCCUGUGGCACCCCAGAACUGUGCACACUCAAGAAGCAGGAGUUUGGCGGAAGUGUUGGCAGUUUAGAUGCCACAAAGCUUGAGCAGAGGAGUCUGCCUAAAGAACUGGAGCAAAAACUAGAGUCCUAAACACAGACCCACUUAUGAGCAAGUGGGAGAAAGGCUGGAGUGGCCCAUGUGGCCCCCUCCCCAUCAGGAACUAAAGCCUGGCUGUGAGCCAGAGCUGUGGUUGCUCUCCUGUACAAUUUGCCCUUCUGUGUGCUGGAUCUGGAGUGAUGAUGUUUUCUUGUUUGUUUUCUUGUUUGCUUCCCUGGAGGAACAGCAAGAAGAGCUGUAUUGCUGUGGUCCCUAGGGUCAGGGUUAGGAAAGAGACCUCCAUGGUUCCUGUUGCCGACCCUGGAGCCCAGGCCAAAGGGGUGAUGGAGAUCCCACCUGGAUCCCCUCAUGGGCAGCUAGGGAAAGGGAUCACUUCUGGGCCAUUCUGGAAUAAAGCACAGCAAAGACGCCCCUUCUUAACCUCAGGGCACAGCAGGGGUGAGGGCAAGGUGCAACAGCCCAAAAAGGUUUACUGAGGCCCACUUCCAAGCCAGAUGUGGUGGCACACAUCUGUCAUGCCAACUCUUAGGAGACUGAGGCAAGAGGAUGACAAAUUCAAGGCCAGCCUGGGCUGUAUAGCAAAACCCACCUCAAAAACCCAAACAACAAAAAACAACCCAAAUUAUAAAAGAAAAGAAAGACCCAACCUCAGGGAAACCAUAGGCAUCUAAACAAGGAUGUCUCCCCACCCCAUCCUGUGAGGACACCCAGCAAGACCAGGACUUAGGACAGUGGAGUCUGACAGACAUAUUACUUUGUCCCCAGCCAAGAGUCCAGGAAGGAGAGAUCAACCAAGAGAAGAAUCAGACCAAACCCAACCAGAAGCAUAAGUUCAAUACUUAGCCUGGUCUUCAAAGACUUGGUCUCUAAAAAAAAAAAAAAAAAAAAAAGCUGAGGGGACUAUAACUAUGGAAUAAGUUCUUGGUACAGGAUCUUUGCAUAUGUUAUGUCACCCAAACUUCACAAUUGUCCCAUCGGAACACAGGGUUCUGAAAGGGUUGUUGGUUCCUUAGCAAGCAGUGAUAGCACUUGCAAAUUCCUGCCUGUAUCACCCUCUCUGCCCUUCUGGUAGGAGCCCUUUAUUCAUUCUCCAGAUCUACCGGCAGCCACUCAGAGGUCAGGGAUGUGUGCCUGGUCACUGCAGUGUCCAUUCUUAGCAUCACUGGUAGUCCUGCCUCUCCUCACACUUUCUGAUCCGCAGUUAGAAGUAUCCUGAAAGUGUCCCCCGGGCUCCCAUCCUUGUGCUUACUCUUCCAGAUCAGGGAAUCAUAGGAUCCAGGCAGUUCAUCUUCCUUCCAAGCUGAGCCCUGUGAACACAGUUAAGAUUGUUUCUUGCCUUGCUAGACAAGAGACUUCAGUGUACAGAGAGCCCAGACUAGGAACUGUGAUCGAAGAUGUUGUGCUGGAGAGCUUGGUAAAGCAGAAAGGCAGGUGCCUUGCUAGGUCUUGGUACAACAAGGGCUCCCCAAGGCCAGGAGCUGGAAGCACCAAGUCUCUGUGCUCUCUGGAUGUAUGAGCUAUAGUAGUGAGCCCACAGCAGCUACAGGGGCAUGAGCGGAGUCUACAGAGGCCCUUGAUGCUAGACCCUGGAUCAUGUACCUGUAGACACUGAAAGGCAAUGGUAAAGGUAGGUGGACAGAGAGGACACACCAUGGGGUCCUGGGGGUAGAGUCAAGGAGGAAGAAUACAGGGCAAGCUGAGGAAAGGCAGCUAAGUUCCCUCUUUCAGGAGCACCUUCCAUCUCCCCCACCUGUUUUCACUGACAUUCUGCACCCUCCUGUCCUGGACCCCCAGAAUGACUGAAGAUCGAUCGCCAGAAUCCCAUGAGUGGUCUCAGUCAAGGUGCCUGAGCCUUAGAGUUUUUCUGUGCAGGGGGGAACUACUGCCCUCCUGACAUCCUGUGCAGUGUCAGGAGGUUGCUGGUCAUAACCCUUAGCCUUGCAUCUGGUGUGAUGCCAGCCCCAUACUGCGCUUGGCUACACUUGACUACUUCUUGAUGCCCCCAUGCAGAGGUUCAGGGGCAUUGCUGUUCUCCCCACCCCACCCCCAGGGCCACUUUCUAGCUGUUUUCACACAUCCUGUUGACCCUCCUCAAGAACCUGUCUGGACACCAGUACCAAUCCUUAAUUGCUUUUGGGACCACAGCUUUAGUCUCUUCCAAGAAACCCCCACCUUCACCCUGGUCAGUGUGCACUGAGCAUGUAGUACACAGGACAUACUUGAGAGUCCAGUCCUGCUCUCCUAGGGCACUUUCAUUGGGAAGAGAGAGGGAAACAUAUCUCAAAGGUAAAUGAGCAAAGGCAGGUUGUAGUUUGCCUUUUAAGUAGUGAAAGGGUUACUGGCAUCUCAGUGUAGUUGUGCAUUAAAUAUAGGAUCAAUUCUACAGACUUCUAACCUAGAACUUUCACCCUCAGAGUGCCUACCCUUCAGCUCUUCUACCCCGCCAUCUUCCCUGCUCUAAGCAUGUCACUGCCCAGGCAAGGUAUUUCUGUCUGCUGGGUCCCUCCUGUGUCCUUGAGAUAAGAGUACCCACAUGGUGGUUUGAAUCCUGGUCAAUGUGAGCCCCUCACCUAGGAGCCUGUCAUCCUCCUUAACCAGACUUCUGACAGGCUUCCCUGAGGCCUUUCUUGACUUUGGCCCUGUUCUUGCUGGUAGAGUAUUUGCCCAGCACGUACCAAGCCCUUGGUUUAAUCCCCACCACCACAAAACAAAAUGUCUAAAUCAGCUUGUGAAGCCAUUUUCGAACUCUGAUGUAUUAUCACCUACCUUCCUACAGCAAGAAUCCAGUGAAGCCAUCUCAACAAGAGCCCUCCUACUCCUGAUAUCACAGCAACUUCCUACCCACUUACCUCUCUGCUCAUUGGCAAUAAAUCCCCACCUCCCUACCUGUCUGAUUGUGUUUUAUCUCUACUAUUAUGACAAUCUUAAAUAAAGUCUUUAAGU